AUGCAGUCUGGUUACUUUGCCCGGAUGUUUGGGCAUGAUUGGAAAGAAGUACAAGGUGUCAUACGACUUGAGGAAGAUGAUCCUAGCGCUACACAAGCCAUGCUACAUUUCAUGUACGGAUACCAGUAUGACAGCCCAUACCUCAUCAAAGAGAAUGAAUUCACAAUAAUAUUGCAUGUCAAAGCUUAUCAGGCCGGAGACAAAUACGUCAUCCCGAGACUCAAAGAAAAGGCCAUGAUCAAAUUUGCGACAAGUAUCAUGGAAUCGUGGGAUGAGGAUGAGUUCACUAUUGCUAUUGCAGAUGUUUACUCCACCACACCUCCUGGAGAUAGAGGUCUUCGAGAUAGUGCUGUUGCCGUUUCCAUUGAAUAUCUUCCGGCCCUGCGGAGAAAACCGUCUUUUCAGAAAGUUCUUAGAGAGACACCUGAGUUCGCGGCGGAUUUAGUUCUGAGUCCCAGCAGUUACAUCAGUUUGCCCGAAUAUAAAUUCAAGUGUCAUGGUUGUGGCGGCACUGAAUGUGUUCGGCACUUUAUGCGAUGGCGUUGCGCCUGCUGCGAUGCUCGGCCCAGAAACUCUUAUUUCAAAUGCCCCAAAUGCCACGUUGCCAUCUAUUGCGAUGCGGAGGCAAUGGAGAAAGACAAAGGACACCACGAGCCCGAGUGCAAAAAUAUCUGUCGUACCAUGCAGUGGUUCCACAAGACGUUUCAAGGGCAACUGAGAGUGGUGAUCCUGGAAGAAAUGUGCGACCUUGAACGUGACCGGCUUAUGCCCGGAUACGAUGGAAAAACAAUGGAGUAUGUGUUUGCGUAUUUCUGCAAGAAGCAUCUUCCCAGCACCGAGCUGUCUGCUCUCUCACUGCGCAGGAGCCUCUUUUCUUUCAAAGAAAUGCUGCGCUUGUUUAUGCUGUACCCGAGGAUCUACUCACAGAUGAUACCGUCAUACCUCCUCGAGGCGGGUAAAGACGAGGUGUCUUACGAUUUCAUACGGCAGAGUUCUCGAUGGAAGCCGACGAGAAGCAUCUCCAAAGUGAUCAAAUCUGGUCUGGCAUAUCGUGACCCAAAGGGUAAAGAUCCAUUUUACGACCAAGACUUCUUCUGUAACGAUGUCAGGAAUUUCGAUGACACGGAAUCGUCAAUUUUAUGGUGCGUCGGAGUGAUAUUUAUCAAGGUGAAAAUGUUUCUGGACCUGAAGACGCUGGAGGCUAUCACAUACACGGUUGGGUACUUGGUCCCUAGAGAGAUUCUGAUACAAAUCAAGUCCCUCGCCGCGACCAAUUGGUACGUUAAAAGGAGUCAACAUCUGAUUGAGAUGGAUCGCACGACAAAAGCACGUGAGGUGCUCAAGAAGCAGAUCAAGACACUGUUUGACCAAGUGAAUGGACUUGAUUCCAACGUGUGGCCUCAUCUGAUAUUCGACGGCCCACUGCCCUCCAGAGAGAGCAAAACGGGCAAUAUUAUACACGAGGUCGUGCGCAAAUUUGCACAUCUCUGGGUGGAUAAUCCCCGAGCUUUGCAGCUUAUAGCUGACAUUAUGCGUGGCCAACCUUCCAAAAACUUCAAGGGGUGUCAUGUCAGAACAGGACCUACUACAAUCGAGGUUGCCAAGGGCUUUGAAAUAGUCUAUAAACGAGUUGCCGGUUCAAACGUACCGCAUUUCGGAUUCGGUGCCAGAAGUUCUGGGCAACCUAUGGCAAACUUUUUCUGA